UCAGCGGCAAUUCCUGCAUCUGAUCCCAUUCCCCAUCCUCAUAUGCAGGGCAGCCAGAUGUUCCUAGAACAGAUUCAGAACCUACAUGGUCAGCUAAAGAGGCUCAGAAAACUGAUAUAGUGACCUCCUGAAGAGCUCAAGAUGGCGUACAUGGUUCUUCCAUUCCUAAUUUAAUCUCCACAACAACCCUGUGAGAUAGGUUAGGCUGAGAGGCGGUGGCUGGCACAGGAUCCCCCAGUAAACUUCGUGGCUGAGUGGGGAUGUGAACCCUAGUCUUCCAGGUCCUAGUCCAACACUCUAACCACUACACCACACUGUCUCUCAAACAUUCUGUCACCCUAGCGCAACAACUUGAAAAAAGAACUAGACUUUUUGUGGUUUGAAAAGUGACAGGAAAUGCACUGUCUUAUAUAAGACAGCUUCCUAUGUUAACUGAAAGGGAUGUUUAUAUUUCUAUUAUGCCUUGUUUGCGAGCUUACAGAAACACAUUUCCUGGUUGGCUGGUAAAGACAUAGGGCUGGAUUAGAUGGACCUUUAGUCUGAUUCAGUACAGCAGUUCUUUUCUCCUUGUGCAUUAUGAUGGUCUAUGCAAACUCUUAAUUUAUAUCACUAAAAGCCACAAUGGGAUGGAUUUCCACCGUCUCCCCACUAAAAUCUGUCAUGGUAUUCCAGGGCCUCAUAGAAUGGUCCACUGGAUACAGCUCUUCUGAAGUGCUUCCCAGUUCUGCUAAUUUGGAUCCAUUCACUGGAGAUGUUGAGAAUUGAGUCUGUGGUCAUUACACUUACACGUCAUAGCCUUUUCCUUUGGCAUUUUCUGUGCAGCAAAUGUGUAAUUAGUAAUGCUGUCACUAGGUGGUGUUCAGAGACACAUUAUUCACACUGCUGAGAAGAAGUACAGUAGCUACACUUGCUAGGAUAUGUCCAUGUGUCACCUAAAGUGAUGGAUUGUUACUCCUUUUGAUUCAGAUUACUCCUUGUUACUCCAAUUGAUUCAAAUCGGUCAGGCAAUGACUGUUUAUUCCUCAUCAUUCUGUCCAUCAAGUCCUAUUAACUAAGCCCAUCCCAUUCAGACUAAUACAGUAAACUCAUGUUCAUAAUUCCAUGUUGAUAAUAAUAAGAGUCUGGUCAGUGAGUUAGAGUCAUAACUCUAGUGAAUGGAAACACAAGAAGAAUAAGGAUCCAUCUGCCUCAGGUUCACACAGCCAAUUUGGUAGCAAAACAGUACACAGACGGAACCCAAGACUAACAGCACUACAUUCUCUAUUCUAAUAAUUGUACUUCUUCAUUGCAAACUCCAACAAACUCCAGUGGAUCAUUAAAGUUCAUAGCAGUGAAGUGUUUAGUAACAAUUCAAUGGAAGGGUGAGAAGACCAAGACUUCUUGUUGCUGUAGACAUCUCCUCCACUUUAAGUCUGAACUAGAUACAGAAGAACAAAAUGGCUGCCCUAAUUACUGAAAACUUCCGGUUUCUCUCCCUCUUCUUCAAGAGCAAAGAUGUGAUGAUUUUCAAUGGCCUUGUGGCCCUGGGCACUGUGGGAAGUCAAGAACUUUUCUCUGUGGUUGCUUUCCAUUGCCCAUGCUCCCCAGCCAGGAACUACAUCUAUGGUCUGGCUGCCAUAGGUGUACCAGCCCUGGCCUUGUUUGUUAUUGGUGUCAUCUGGAACAACCACACUUGGAAUCUGGUAGCUGAGUGUCACAAAAGAGGAACCAAGAACUUUUCAGCAGCAGCCAACUUCUUAAUCUUUAGCUCUGUCAUGGGACGGGCUGCAGUGGCUCCUGUUACAUGGUCAGUGAUCUCACUGCUUCGUGGAGAGGCCUAUGUCUGUGCCUUGAGUGAAUUCAUGGAUCCUACCUCUCUGGAUAACUUUCCACCUGGCUACAGAGCAGAUACCAUGGCUAGGUUUCCUUGUGACGACCUGCCGCAAAACAUAACGAGAUUUAAGGAUGAAGUUAUAAGGCGGUUAAAAUAUGAGUCUCAGCUGUUUGGGUGGAUGCUCAUCGGCAUAGUUGCAGUUCUCAUUUUCUUCACCAAGUGCUUGAAACACUGCUGCUCACCACUCAGCUACCGCCAGGAGGCCUACUGGAAUCUAUACCGCUCCAGUGAGGCCAAACUCUUCCAGCGCACUGCUGAGGUACACUCCAAGGUCGUGGCUGCAAACAGUGUGAAAAACUUCUUUGGCUUUGUAUAUCUGGACAAGGAGGAAAAGGAGCUGGUGCAGGAAUUUGCUGUGGAGACUCUCCAGCCCAGGUCACAGUGGGAUGCCAUCACAGGGGUCUAUAUCUAUCGGGAGAAGAAUGGCUUCCCCCUCUACAGCCGUCUCCAUAAAUGGGCCAAAAGUGUGACAGGAAACAACUUAGGUCCUGACAGCCAGGAAACGGCCUUCCUAGCUACCUAAGCAUCCUACAGACGAACCAGCAUGAAAGGGGAGUGUUAACUGCUGAGAAGAGUCUUCUGGAACCUAUAAUUAUAUUCUUGCUGAACCUCAAAAAGACAUACCCUCAUCCUGCAUUCAUCCCUCAACAGAACUUCUAACAGAUACUGAAAGCUCAUUUUAUUGUGUAAUUUUAGGAGGUGUGAUUGAGAGGGGUGUUGCAUGACAAUCAUGACUGGACCCAAAACUUCUGAAUGUCCACUACUCUACUACAGACAGUAGUGGCAACUACCUGCUCUUCCUCCACUGGAUUUUUAAAAACUGGAGUAAUGUCUUUAACUUGACAAAAUUCUGCUGUCAAGAGACACUUGAGGGUAGGGUGACAAUGCUGGCCAAAAUGGCAGCUUAAUCCCUUUGCUCCUCUCCUAAUCCAGCAGAAUAAUAAAGCCACCACCACGAGAAAACAGAAGAAAAUUGAGUGGACUUCUUCCAGAAUAUGCAAGGUACUGAUUUAAAUUCCAAAGAAAGGAGCCUUGAGACACUAUUUUGAAGCUAAAGAAUGAAUAGGUUCUGAUUGCUUGACAGAUUUGACAAUGAUCUAACAAUGCUACCAAAAGUACUGAAAAGACCAUCAAGAGCUUCUUUCUGAGAUCACGUUACAUAUAUCUCUAUUAAAAGAGGACCUCAAAACAGAAAUUAAAAAUGAGUUCUCUGAAGCAAUAAGGAACAGAACUGAAGGAUAGAUUAUCUGCAACAGCUUCUGAAGCAUUUGAUAUUUGCAUAAUUUUUUUUUUAAAAAAGGGGGUGUUCUUUUGAUAGAUAAGAGCUGGAAUUUAAGGGCCAGACUGACGGUCAGGAGCAGCAAGAUAUAGUGGGCUUUAUUGCUUCAGAGAAGUCAUUUUUAAUUCUCUAAACAAGAGAGACCUGCAGUUUUGCACUUGGAGACCUAGUUUCUAAUUAUGUCUUGUGUACCUUCAUCUUCCUGUGCUAAACUAGAUGAUAGCACAAUUGUUUCUGAACAAGGUCUGCCAGCAUAUAGUGGCUGUUACUUUUCCUGUUACUUAUAAUCAUCUUUAAACCUUUUACAAAUAAUGUUGCAAGAUUCAUUUUCAUUUGGGGGCCAUCUUUUCAUAAUAAAAGGAACCAUGUGUUUGAGAGCUGAAAAGGCAGGCAGAGAUAGCUGCUUUAAUGGUUUAUUAUCUGAAGGACAGUUCUCUAAAUUAGUAAAUCAGGGAUUUUAUCUAAUUUCCUGAAUUGGUGUUAUACAGAAAAGCAUUUCUGUUUAUUUACUUCCAGGGUGGCUAAUUCUAACUGCCAUCAGUUCUGGCCAGCAUAAUUCAUGGUCAGGGAAGAUGCGAGUUGUAGUCUAACUUCAUCUAGGGGCACAGGUUUCCCAUACCUGUUGUAUUCCAUCUGUUAAGGAAGUCUAGUAUCCUCAGCAACAACCAUAAUCAGAAACCAGUUCCUGUUUAUUCCAAUUUGUCCCAGCAGCAGUUCCUGUUGAUGGGAGUCAUAAGCCACCCUAAAAUGAAUAAAAGAUGCAAAGAACUUCCUUUUUCUGACUGAAGGCCUCUAUAAUAACUCAUGUAAUUUGAUUUUAUGUCUCUCCAACACAUGGUUCUUUCUCAAAGUUGUUAUGAUUACCCUUGGAUUUUAAGAUCUUCCUUCAUAUGUGACAAACUGACAUCAUGUAUAAGUAAAAUUAUUACUGCAACAUGAUCUGAAGGUGUGUUUUGCCAUUUAUCAGAUUUUAUUCCAGUAAAUGGUGACAGUCACAUUUUAAGCACAUUAAACCACUAAAGUUCUGUGAAGAAAUGUAACAUUAGAACAGUCUCACAUGUGUCUGUCACAUAUCAAAAUCUAUAGGACUUUUUCCCCUUAGGCAUACUAUACUCCACUACUGGUAUGUGCAUAAUAGGAUGAGUCAUGGCUGCUUUCCUAAGUCAGAGUAUUUCUAUGCAAAGUGAUCAGAUGAUAUCCUGCCCCUUGAAUUAAUUAGAUGAACUGUUUGUUUACAAAAGUUCUGUGGUUGGAUAAUAUAUUCUGCUCACCAUGUUGGACUAAAGUAGCACAUAAGGAAAGGAAGCAGGAACAGCUGGGAUGUACAAGAGAAGAGAUGAAGCUGUACAACUGCUAAAAGUUAAGAGAUGGGAUGUAGGGCAUAAUUUUUCGCAAGGCUUUUUUUUAAUCACAAGAAGGCUUUUUUUUAACCACAGUUAUGUAAACUAUACUCUCAGGAUUCUGUGUAAUGCAGAUGUAUGAUAAGACUUUUAGAAGAAAAAAAACAGUUUUGCCUUGGAAAGUAUUUCUAGUUUGAGCCAUGACUACAAGACAAUCGAGAAGGCCAUCCGCACCGACUUAUUUUUACUUAGCUUUUAGGUGUUAAAUAUGUGAAUAGUUAAAUAUUUUCUAGAUAUAUAUUUAUAAAACAUGAGAUAUCAAUGAGUAACUGAAACUCUUGUAUAUUGGCGUAGUGAAAAGUUCUCUAAUUCAGAUUUAUGGUAGGAUGGGUAGUGUGUGAGAGGAGGAGUGAAUAAAUCAAAUGAGACAUGUAAUUUCAUUAACUUGUUAUGGCAGAAGACACACCUUAGAAUAUUGGGAGAGGAAAGAUACCAGAAAUAUUCCUUGCACCUUUGAAACUGAAUAGAAGGAAGCUUAAAAAACUCAGAGCCACAGGAAAGCACAAAGCAGUGAGCUACUUUCUGCUAAUCUUUUUUUUUAAAACACAUUUAAAUAAAGCUCCAAAUAUAAUUCUCAUAUUCAAAAGUUUUAGCAAGGUACAAUAGGUAUAAACAUUUACAGAGAUUAUUCUCUUGUAUAGUUCUUGAUAAGCCACAGUGUUUUGGUCCUGGCUAACCCAACCUGCUGUUGAGAUCAGGGAAUGCAGCAAACAGGAAUACUUUCCUCCUUAGAGCUGUGAUAUGCUUCUCUUACUCUGUCUCUCAAUGUGCAGAGAUAGCAAGCAAGAAUAAAAAAAGUCUGUCUGCUCUAGAAGUUAGCUAUCAGCAAGACUGCUCUUAGAUUCCACAUAUUCCAGUGCUGCUGCCUUCACAGCCUGGACUGUUUCUUCUGUGCCAUACUUCUUCUCGUAUUCCAGGUAGCGCUUAAAGAAAAACUUCAUCUUCUUUGCUGCGAGGCUUAGGUGUAUUACACGUUCAAAAAUAUCCCUGUGGAAAAAAGCAGGAGAUUGGUUUUUAUUAUGCAAUCAUACUAGCAAUGGAAAAGCAAGGGUCUUGGAGAAGCCAAGCCUGUGGGUACAAGUCUUUCUUGCCCACCGUGAACACUUUCUUAGAAGGGGUACCUAGAAGCCAGAAAGAUCCAAGAGGUUCUACCACCUGUGCUUUUCAGAAAUCCAGCCUGCCGUAUCUCAAAGAGACAUAGUGUGCAAUCACAGAGAAGCACUAAGAUUCCUAGCAUUUACAAAGACCUGUUCACAGGGCUUUUUAUAGUAGGGCAAGCUUCAGGUGUCUCCACAAGCACAACUUCCUUCACAGCUCAGUACACACGCAUUUGGGAAAUGUAUAUCACCCUCUUUAAGAAACUCUGCUCUAUCAAAUGUUCAACAUACCUGGGAUGCUUUUAACACACACACAGUGGGGAACCCCUAGAUCAGGUGCAGGAAACCUUUCCUCUCCAAAUGUUGUUGAACUACAACUCCCAUCAUCCCUGGCUAUUGACCAUGCUUGCUGGAGCAACAUCUGGAAGGUUAAAGGUUCCCUACACCUGCCCUAGAUUGAAAACUGUGAAAAUUUCUAGUCUUAGAGUACAUUUGUGUCAGUCUGGGGAACGGUUCACAUAUAAUGGAAAACUAUAGUUUCCUGUUAAGACUACAAGUUGCAGUGAGCCUCAGGCUUCUGUGUCCCACGCCCCAGGCUCUCGCAUAUAGCAGGACUCCAUGAUUUCUUGUUACAUCUGAACUUAGCCUGGAUGUUAUAAUGCCAAAGUGGUUUGCCAGAGCUGCACACAUUUGCUUCCUCUCUAGUCAGACAGUAAUAUAAAUAUAUAUUUUCUAGGUACAUGCUUAUAAAACAUGAGAUAUCAACAAUUAAUUGAAACUCACAUGUGUCUGUCAAAUACCAAAAUCUAUAGGUUUUGUUAUUUUCCCCCUAGACAUACUAUAUCCAACUACUGGUAUGCAUAUAGUGGCUCUUCAUGGACAUUUUUCUACUUAGAAAAGAAGUAAAUUUCUAGAAAAUUAGAAGGAAAAACAAAGAUAUAACCAGUAGCAGUUCAAGGACAUGAUCUCUGUAAUCCCCACAAUCCCAAUAACAACCAUAUUGUUUUUCUCUGAAGCCACAUCCGAUUCUCACCCCCAACUUUUUAACCAGGAAGCUCUUUAAAUUUCUGUGCUGUGGAGUAAUAAAAUUAUUUUACUAGAUUGCAGUAUGGCAUUGACAUACAACCAAUAUGUUCUGUGCCUUUCAUAAAUAAAUGGCUUCAUGAACAAAUAUGAAGGUCCCAUGCUAGGCUCUCAGUUUCCAAGCAAGCAUGUAUAGGAAAAGAAUUCAGAAGAAAAGCCUAGAAUGGAUUUCCCAUAGUGAACAGCAGGCCUAAUACAGGUUCCUAAUGCUUAUAAUCCAAGCUCUUGCUGUGGCACCUUUCAGAAUUGCAAUAUUUGCUCACAAAAAUCAAAUCUCUCAACUUGCCUAAAUUUCAAGGCCCAUAAGCAUUCCCUAUGUUGUGUCUGCAUCCUUUUGCUGGAAAGUUCAGAAAUCCCAGCCUUCCUCCUCAUACUAGUACUCACCGUACUUCCUUUUGGCUGCCAUGCUUUAUCAUCAUGUCUAUAUACACUGACCAGAUGUCUGAACGUUUUGGGUAGGUACUCAAGGUAUUCUCAAAAAUGGCCUUGCCAUGCUCCAGAUCACCAAAUUGGAACUCCAGCUGUGCCAGCUUUGAAAUCACAUCCAGAUCUACAACAGUGCAAAAGUGCAUUUUAAAAAUAUUCUUCUGACUAGUCAUCACUCUGCUUAGAGUUAGGGGAUUCUGUAGUUAUUCUGGCAAUAUAUUAGCAGAGAAUUGGGAUUCCAUGCUAGGAAACUAUCAGAGCAGGCAAGAAAACUAAAAUUAUGAAGAAAACAAAUACCUUUCAUAAAAUGUGCAUUUUUCAUCAUGGUGGCAUUUUUUAAAUUGUUUGGGUUUGUUACUAUGUGUUUGCAGGGAAAUAAUAAAUGCAUUAAGCAGUGAAGACAGAAGGAUAUCAAUAAACUAUUAGGGCAGAAAACUAAAGUGUCAGUCUAGGCUAUGACAGUCCUGACCAGAUUUUCUUAAACCUUUGGUAUAACUAGCAUCUAAGAGAGAGUAUACACAGUGCUUUAUAGUUACUUCGAAAGUUUCCAUAUCAGAAACUGCAUCAUCCCCAAAUCCCUAACUGCUCAACUCUUAAAAAAAAUAAAAAAUGGGAAGUAGCAAGAAAACCACUGACAGAGAACUUGCUAAUGACAUCUAUGGAAAUAUUUAGAUCCACUCUACAUAUGCCUUGCCUAGGUGUUGGGUGCUUAAACAGCACACAAGUAAGGAGCUUAAAUGCUCAUUAUAGGGAAGGAUACAAUGACAGGAGCCAGGAGAAGAGCAAGUCAAGUGGUUCUUACGUUCUUUGUCCAGCAGGCACUUCAGUGCACGUGGGAGGAGCUUGUGAGCUGCUUCCACCAGGCCUCUUUUUAGGAGAAAAGUGGCAUAUUUCACCCACACAGAUUUUUCCUGACGAAAGCGUUUCAGCAUUGCGUUGUACAAGUCAUCAGCUUGCUGAAAGAAACAGCAGAGAGGAUCAUUCUAAAAAUGGAAGCACACUUCUGAUCCUGUGACUCUCCCUUGCCUUUGUGUCUGUUCUGAGUUUUUUUCUGUGUAGGUGCAGAACCUAUAUGUGGGACUCCACAUAUACCACAGGGAAGAAUGCUGCACAGGGCACAGUCAAGACUAAUUCUGGACACCAGUAUUCAGUAUCUGGCUUUUGUGAACAUACUGAAUUGACUCCUGGAUUCUCUACCCUGCAUUUUAACACCUGGAAAAAUUGCUGAUGGCUAUUUCCGGCUGAAAACAGGCCAGCUCUAAGUUCUGGAGUCUAAGAAGAUUCAGGCACUCUGUGAGUCUGAAGAGAUGAAAGUAACAGAUGUGGCUUGAAAAAGCCACUGCCUUAUGUUCUCUCCAGUUCCCAGUCUUAAACAUUUCUCUGGCAGCUUCUGUGACUCACCAUCUGCUCAGAACGUCAAGUGUCAACUGCCACUCUAGAUUCUCUCCAGAAACUCUAAUUAUAAAUUCCAAAUGGAAAAGGUCGUAACUCAGUUGUAGAGCACCUACUUUAUAUGCAGAACAUCCCAGCUUUGAUCCCUAGUGUCUCCAGGUAGAAUGGGGAAGAAAGACUUCUAUUUUAAAUCCUGUAGAAGUGCUGCCAAUCAGGGCAAAUAAUACUAAGCUAGAUGGACCAAUGGUCUCACUGAGUAUCAGGCAGCUCCCUUUGUUCCUAAAUCCAACAAAUAAUUCUGCCUCUAGAUUUACAAAAAAUAAGCAAAAUAUAUUACAAUUUAAAGAUGCCACUCCAGUAUCUUCCAAUUACAGUAUUUUACAAUACAGAAUUCAAAGCUCAUGGGUCCCAGAGCAAAUUAUACAGCCAACAGCCCAGAGCAAGAGAAAGUAUGUUGGUACUGCUUGGACACAGCUAUGUAGAGUAGAUGCCUGCUGCCUGUCCCAAAUAGAGGAAACAUCCACAGCACGAUCAACCCACAGUGUAGAAGGAAGUCCAGGCCCCAGCUAGACCACUUUAGAUGGACUCUUUCCAAGAACAGAAUGAACAAACAAUUAUCCUGCCAUACUCAGUGUGCAGAAGUGAUUCUCCUCUUUAGAAUGCUAGUAUAUCUGGCCUUACCUUGUAUUUCUCAGAGCCAGUGUAGAUGUCUGCCAACUGCUGGAAGACCUUCAGAGGUUCAUUGUACUGAGUGGCUCUUUCAAAGACUUUCAUCAGUGCUUCCUCAGUACCAUACAUGUUCUCUAGGUUCAGCAGCGCAACCCACACAUUCAGCUUUUCUUGCUCCUCUCUGAAAACAAAAAACCCACUAAUAAUCACCCUACAUAUGGACCAAAGAUAGCCCUUUGCCUAACAGUCCAACCCAAAUCCACCUGGAAAAGAAAGCAGGUGACCACUUCAACGGUGAGUGCUGCAAGACCCUCUCCCUGCUUGCUGGCUUCCUUCCACCUGGCCUGGGAGGGCGGAGGCCUGACUGACUGAAGCUAUAAAAGCUGCUACUACCUGGAGAUGUUAUCUUGACUAUGGGAUGUUGUUGAGGGGCUUUUGUUUGAACCAAAAUUUAAUUCUGCUGGUUGUUAUUUUUGCUGUUAUUGGGAUUGUUUUUGUAUUGUUUAACCUUAUUAUGAAUGUUAAGGAUAUUAUUUCAUUUUAUUGUAUAAUUUCUUAAUAAGAUGUUUUCUUUAAUUUAUUGUUUAACUAUUUGAAUGUUGAAUUGUAAUAGUGAAUUAUGUAACUUUUUUCAUGUUAUGAGCCACCUUGAGUAUAGAUUACUAUGGAAAGGCAGCAUACAAACCAACCAUGAUGAUGAUGAUCUCAUUGCUAAUUAAAGUGCAACCCCACAGAUAUUAGAUCAUCCACUGCUGCUGUCACCGCCAUUCCUCUCUGCUCUUUGUUAUGUUGAAUUACUGGGAUAUACUCGAGACCCCUG